AUGACACUUCUUAAUCGAUUUGUCAUCCAAAACAACCACCUUUACCAUCAUUUUUACCUGCAACCUGUUCGUACCUUUGUCGAUGCCAGAGUUAAAUGGGUCCGAGAUGCCCACCUUGACUUUGCUGUUGAAAAGGAGAAAAACCUCAAACAAAUACUUUCUCUCAAGAACCUAAUCAUCUCCCAACCCUCUAAAGCCAUCCCUCUUUCUAAUGCGUCCUUUUACAAAACCAUAUUCGAUCUCCCCAUCACCGCUACAAAUUUCUUCCAGAAGUACCCUUCUGUAUUUGAAAUCUUCCAACCCUCCAAACCAUUUUCCCACCCUCACGUUAAACUCACUCCACAAGCUCUAACUGUACACAAUGAAGAAUCAAAGAUUUUGAACUCUUCUAGUUACCGUAAAGAUGUGGCUGGGAGAUUAACAAAACUUUUAAUGCUCACACGAGCAAAAAAGCUUCCUUUAGAUAUUAUUAAUCUGAUGCGUUUUGAUCUUGGCUUGCCUCAUGAUUUUAUCUUCACACUUCUUCCCGAAUUUCCUGAGUAUUUUCAGAUUUGUAAUAUGGAUAAUAAUUCAACGGGUUCUAAUAAUUCAAUGGGCUCUGUAGUGUUCGGUCUAGAAUUGGUCUCAUGGAGAGAUAAUCUGGCAACCUCAGUGUUGCAGAGAAAAACAAUGGAGGAAAUUUAUGCUGUUAAAAGGCAAAUGCCCAUUAAGUUUCCAAUAAAUUUACCAAAAGGGUUUGAUUUAGAAAAGAAAGUAAGACUUUGGGUGCACGAAUGGCAGAAUCUGCCUUAUAUAUCACAAUAUGAAGAUGCAUUCUUCUUGUCACCCAACAGUGAUCAAGCCGAGAAGUGGACAGUGGCUAUAUUACACGAGUUGCUGCAUCUUUUUGUAUCGAAGAAGACAGAGAAGGAAAACUUAUUGGCUUUAGGGGAUUAUUUGGGAUUUGGACCGAGGUUUAAAAAGGGGUUGGUGCAUCAUAAAAAGGAUCUCUUGACUCAAAGACAUUUAUUAAUGGGAAUGAGGUAUCGGUAUCUUCAUCUUAUGAACCAGAGCGUGAAUCUAAAGAGAAAAUAUGGACUUCAAGUUAGUUGCAGUAGCAAACGCACGGGUUCUUUUAUCAAUAGAACUUAA